AAAAAUAGCUGUUAUUUUGGGUGGCAAGCCAACAAAUGUUGACGAGGUUUAACAGCAAGCCCAAUUAAAAUCACGUUUGUCGAUACCCAAAACCCGAAAUAUGGAACUGAUGGUUCCAGUGAAUAAAAUUGGGCAAAACGGUGCUCGGACGCGUCAGUAAACAGUUUCGUCGUUCGAACGCCAAACCAUUUCGCUGGGAAAGUUCCUGCGAUGUGUUUUCCGCUCCGGCUUAUUCGCUUUUCGUUGUUCGACCGGUGAAAAGUGUGCUUGAGCCAGCCGCGGGGAAACUUUCAAAUUGUUUGCCGCGAUCUGAAAACUCACGAGUAAUUGCUGAACUGGAAGAUGAUGAGUGAGUGGCGUGAGUCCCAAUGGAAAUAAACGAGUUUUUCUUUUGUGGAGAUUAGAAAUCCAUGAUGACCGCUUUAUCGGGACGCCCACUGCGUCUGAACCCAAAAACAUCGAUACCAAAGAGAAGACGAAGUUAAGCAGAGCCGCUGUGACUUGCAAACUCACAUAAAAUGCCUCCGAGUUUCCAGCACCAAUCAGAGCUGGAAGAAGCCAGCUUAGUGCCCACGGCACCAGUGAUUGAGGGCCUGCAGAACGACAGCUUUUCGAACUAUACGACUGAGGGGUUCGAUCCCUCUGUGCUCUUGGAAGUGGCCAUUCCUUUCACGAUCGUGUACGGGGUGAUUUUCCUGACGGGAGUGAUCGGAAACAUAAGUACUUGCAUAGUGAUCUCCAAGAACAAAAGCAUGCAUACCGCAACAAACUACUAUCUGUUCAGUUUGGCCGUUUCCGAUAUGCUGCUGCUGUUAUCGGGACUGCCGCUUGAAAUGUACAAAAUCUGGAGCCCGGACUCGUUUAUUUUCGGACACUUCAUUUGCUUCCUGCAGGGCUUCAGUGCCGAAAUGUCCGCCAAUGCCACCGUGUUAACAAUCACAGCAUUCACAGUGGAACGGUACGUGGCAAUUUGCCAUCCGUUUGUAUCACAAACCAUGUCCAAGCUGUCCAGGUGUAUUCGCAUCAUAGUUUUCAUCUGGAUUGUGGCUCUUGUGUUGGCGAUACCGCAAGCCAUCCAGUUCGGAAUCAAGGUGUCGGAAGACAACGGAAAACAGUUGACACAUUGCACGGUUGUAUCCAAGAUAUUCGAGCAUGCCUUUGAGAUUUCCACCAUUGUGUUUUUCGUGGCCCCCAUGACUCUAAUUACUGUUCUCUACGUUCUGAUCGGGGCGCAACUGAAAAAAUCGACAGCCAAGCGGCCGUCUUUGACUCAGAACAGCAGCAACAGUACAGCCAUGCGAUGCUCAAAUCAAUGCAACAGUAAUGCCUCCAAGAAACGGCUGAGGCACACCCAAGCUCAAAAUCGAGUCGUGAAGAUGCUCAUUGCCGUCGUUGCGGCCUUUUUCAUCUGUUGGGCCCCUUUCCAUGCCCAGCGACUGGUCGCAGUCUACCUGGCCACUGCCUCUUUAGAAGCGCAAACUGCAUACUUUCAGCCCUACCUGUACCUCACAUACGCCAGUGGCGUACUGUACUAUCUAUCCACAUGCAUCAACCCUUUGCUCUACCACAUCAUGUCCAACAAGUACCGAAACGCUUUUAAGAAAACAUUCCAGAACUGCUGCUCGUCCAGAAGCACCCGCAGCUGCAACUACAUCCCAGCCCCCGUUAAAAGCCACACGAAAAAGUUCCCGGAAAAUUUUUUAGGGGAAGCAUUACAGCUGGCUCAAACGGGCGAUGCGAGAACUUCUUGUAAUUUGGACUGCAAGCCAUCUGGAGUGAAACUGACGCCCCAAACCAGCCAGACCAGCUUCUCCUCGUCGAAGAUCGAAACUUCGCACGCCCUCCUCAGAGAUGACUCCAACACCAAACCCUCCUCAACUCACAUGCAGGGCAUGGCGCCUUCAUGUGCUUCGCUAAAAACGCGCUUCUUGCGUCUGUUCAAGUCUGGGCUCAACCAGAGCUACGUAUCGAAUGCAAGCAAACUCAAUAAGGGUUCGAAUACUAUCAGCAAUUCUAGCCUGAAAGACACUGAUGAGAUUGACUUGGUCUGUGCCGAUUUGGUCAAGCAGAUGCAGGAAGCGAACGAAGACUGUAUAAAAUAAGAGGUGGCAACCGCGGCUAGAGGAUAUAUGUAGGGUGCUUCUUGAAGGCGUGCAGCCUCGGAAGGAAAUGCCAACUAAUUUUGCCACAAUAUACCGGGUAAUCCAUUUGAAAUAUUUUCGUUUCCCGUCGACUGCACCUUCAAAAAAGGAAAUCAAUGAAUGCCCCGAGAGACACCCUGUAUAUAACGUAAGAAAUUGUCAAUCAUCGGUUAUUGGUAAUGGCAUAUUGCCAACUUUUCUAUAAAUAAGGCUUGUGAAUAGCAUUUGUACAGGGCAGGCAUAGUUAAGUUCCAUGGACUGGUUGGAUACACCAGGCCCUCUCAAUUAACUUAUCAUAAAUAUGUAUGUGUUCACCUUAAGGCAACGACUUCCUCAAUAUUUUUGUAUGUUUCCAAUCGAUGUUCAAUUUGACUUGACACGCUUGAUCUGUUCGCGCACCAUUUC